AUGUUGAAGCAAGCUGCCGGUGCUGGUGCUAUUUCACUCAAAGGUUCUUCCGAUAUUCUUGUUGAUUACUUCUUUUAUGCUGUUAACAGCAUUCUGUAUCAACGUGGAGUCUAUCCUGAGGCCUCGUUCAAGAAGGAUGUUCAGUAUGAAUUGAGCAUGUUAGUUGCCGCGGAUGAAGGCUUGAUUAAUUAUCUGAAGACAAUUUUAGCACAGCUGAAAGGAUCACUUCAGAAGCUCGUGUUAGUAAUCAAGUGUGUGAAGACGGAAGAAGUAUUGGAAAGGUGGCAAUUUAACAUCAUCUGCGAAACACCGGAUUCAUCUGGGUACGGUCUGUCUUUGUUCAUACAUACUCCUUGGCAGAGGUAA